AUGACGGCAAUGAGGGUGGCUAAUCGUCGCGCGCUGGGCUCGGCCUUCAGUGCCACCAGGAAUGUCUUCAUUCGCCGCAGCGAGAGCAACACCUAUACUCGCGCCUUCACUUCUUCUCAAGCUGCUCGGGUUGUAGUCUCUCAGGAUACCCCCAACCUGCGACACGCCCAGAGAGAUCCGGAUCCUCCAGAAGGACUUCGCCGAGCCCCGGUUAACCCCGCCGACAAGUAUGCGGUAAAGGCAGAGGAGUUGCAUCGGUAUGGAUCAUGGCUCAUGGGUUGUAUGCCAAAGUACAUUCAGCAAUUCUCUGUGUGGAAGGAUGAGCUGGUCAUCUAUAUCUCUCCAUCUGGAGUAAUCCCCGUGUUUUCAUUUCUUAAAUUUGUUCCAAUCCGGCCAGAAGAGGGUGCUGACAAGAUUCCAGACAACACUUCUGCGGAGUUCACUCAAGUAUCGGAUAUCACUGCUGUCGACUUUCCCACCCGAGACCAGCGAUUCGAAGUCGUCUACAAUAUGCUGAGUGUGCGCCACAACUCCCGAAUCCGGGUCAAAACAUAUGCGGACGAGGCAUCUCCAGUCCCAAGUAUUACGAGCCUGUACGAUGGAGCAAACUGGUAUGAACGAGAGGUUUAUGAUCUAUUUGGAGUAUUCUUUGUUGGACAUCCAGACCUUCGACGUAUCAUGACGGACUACGGCUUUGACGGCCAUCCAUUACGAAAGGACUUCCCUUUGACGGGGUACACGGAAAUCAGAUACGAUGAAGAGAAGAAGAGGAUUGUUGUGGAGCCAUUGGAGCUGACACAAGCGUUCCGGAACUUUGAGGGUGGUUCAGCCGCAUGGGAGCAAGUUGGGGCUGGUGUGGAUAGAAAGCCCGAAUCCUUCAAGCUGCCUACGCCGAAACCCGAAGAGAAGAAGGAAGAGCCAAAGAAAUAG